UACAAUCCUCGUCCUGGGUUCGGGUGUGUGCUGGAUCUUCUUCUUCUGUCACCGUCAGGGAGAGAUGCAUACAUAGAGAUCAGAUUAGAUUAGUACUAUCAUUUCCAUUUGUUCUGCAAUUUUGGUGGCAUGUCUUGACGAUCUGAGAGGGGGAUUGGUAGUUUUGGUUUUUCCCUGCCUCUGCACCUGCUGCUUGUGGUCUCAGUAUAACAAGAUUGAUUAUCCAUGUCUGCAUCUCUGCUUUCCAUCAUCCUAUUCUACUUCCCGGUCAUCGUACAUGCUCUCCUAGUUAAAGCACAAGCUUCAAACUUGUUCACAUUUGAUAGAGAGAGCAGACAUUUUUCCCAGCUUAAUGAUUGCCCGCAGUGUGUUGACACGGGGGAACAAGGGCGAAUAGAAUCUGCUAGUCAACAGGAGGAAAAGGAUAUUGACAUAAUAGUGACAUGUAAUGACCUUUCUGGUUCUAUGAAAAUGCGGAGUGUGAAAUCUAGAGACCUGUCUGCUUCCUGGGUAUGGAAAGACCCUGGUGGUGUAAAUGGUCAUACUUUAAGUUCAAAGGUGUUAGGUGAUCCUCUCAAACUUGAACUUUUGUUAAACGAAAGUGAUCAACAUUCUGGUGAAAGACGUUACCAUGGAAGUGAAAUACAGCAUCAGUUAGUAUCUCCAUUGCAUCCUAUGAAGCUCAAGCGGCGGAUGUUACGUCAAGAAAGGAGAGAACGACGGACUGCAGAACUGAUCCAACAAAAUAAAGAGACUGAUGAUAAAAUGCAAGAAGCUGCCAUUGAACGAGCAAGAGAAUUUGACGACACUGUCAAAGGUAAAUACAGUAUAUGGAGGAAGGAGUAUGAAAAUCCUAACUCUGACUCUACACUGAAACUAAUGCGCGAUCAGAUCAUAAUGGCAAGAGCUUAUGCAACCAUAGCAAAGGCUAAGAAUGAGAUGGUUUUAUAUGAUUCUCUCAUCAAGCAUUCUAGAGAAAGUCAAUUUGCAAUUGGAGAGGCAACAUCUGAUGUUGAACUUCAGCCAAGUGCUUUUGAUAGAGCAAAAGAGAUGGGUCAUAUAUUGUCUACAGCAAAGGACCAGCUAUAUGAUUGUAUAACAAUAGCAAGGAAGUUGAGGGCCAUGCUGCAGUCAGCUGAAGGGAGUCUAAACGGAAAGAAGAAAAAAAGUGCAUUUCUUAUACAGUUAGCUGCAAAAACAGUCACCAGACCUAUGCAUUGCAUUCCGUUGCUUCUGACAACAGACUACUACUUGCAUGGUUAUCAGGAUAAGGACUUCCCUAACAAAGAAAAGCUUGAAGAUCCUUCUUUAUACCAUUAUGCUAUCUUUUCUGAUAAUGUGCUUGCGACAUCUGUGGUCGUAAACUCAACGGUGCUGCAUGCAAAGGAGCCUGAAAAGCAUGUUUUCCAUAUAGUAACUGAUAAAUUAAACUUUGCGGCAAUGAAAAUGUGGUUUCUAGUCAACCCUCCUGCUGGCGCAGUGAUCCGAGUUGAGAAUGUAGAUGAAUUUACGUGGCUCAACUCGUCUUAUUGCCCUGUUUUACGUCAGCUUGAAUCAGCUAAAAUGAAAGAUUAUUACUUCAAGGCACAUCAAGCCUCUUCUAUCACAUCUGGUGCAGAUCAACUCAAGUACAGAAAUCCAAAAUACUUGUCCAUGUUAAAUCACCUUCGAUUUUACCUUCCCGAGGUUUACCCGAAGCUGGAUAAGAUAUUGUUUCUGGAUGAUGAUAUUGUGGUUCAGAAGGAUCUAACACCACUUUGGUCUGUUGAUCUGCAAGGGAGGGUAAAUGGCGCUGUGGAGACUUGCAAGGAGAGCUUUCACAGAUUCGACAAAUACCUGAACUUCUCUAAUCCAAAGAUAUCUGAGAAUUUCGAUCCAAACGCUUGUGGUUGGGCUUUUGGUAUGAAUGUUUUCGAUUUGAAGGAGUGGAGGAAGCGCAACAUUACGGGAAUAUAUCAUCACUGGCAGGAAAUGAAUGAGGAGAGAACUCUUUGGAAACUUGGAACGCUGCCGCCGGGGCUGAUCACCUUUUAUAACUUAACCUAUCCCCUUGAGAGGAGCUGGCAUGUGUUGGGGCUUGGGUAUGAUCCUGCCCUCAACCAAACGGCAAUCGAGAAUGCCGCCGUGGUGCAUUACAACGGAAACUACAAGCCAUGGUUGGAUCUUGCCAUUGCCAAGUACAAGUCUUACUGGUCUGCAUAUGUAAUGUUUGAUAAUCCUUAUCUUCGCCUUUGCAAUGUAGACGAGCGGUGAAGAAUAUUCGUGUCUCUGCGUCAUUAAUUCUGGAAAUUUUCCGUAGUUUUCUGAUUGUUUCCGGUGGAUUAGCACAGGUUGAGUGUAACAGGGAGAGAGAGUUUUCAAGGUUGUACUGGCAACUCCCCUCCCCCAUCAACCCCCAGGGGGUUCGCAGAUUCUAUUGAUACUAGAGGUAAUUUAGUUGAAUA